GAACCCUUAGAGGCACAAAGAGACACAGAAAAAUAGUAACUUCUAAAGAGUACUGGACAGCCGGUCUUGCUAUACAACAGUUUGGACGUUUUGUGUCAGCAACGACAUACAUGGCUUCUUCACAAAGCAGCUCUCACCAAGAGCCAUGGCUGUUGGAAAAUGGCAACCUCAAGAGCUUGACCAAGGAGAUGCGGCACGGCCAUGGCCGCACCGCGCACAACCUCUCCGCGACGUCGCUCCGAAAGAAGUCAGACCUCACACUUAUCUCGAAGAUUCCUUAUGUCUGUCUCAGACAGAUGUUGGCUAAUCUUCAGGAGGUUGUUUUUGGGACCAAGCUUUUUGUACUCUUCCCAGCCAUCCCCCUUGCCAUUCUAGCAGAGUGUUAUGGUUUUGGAAGACCCUGGGUUUUUGCUUUGAGCUUACUUGGACUUAUACCACUUGCUGAACGUGUGAGCUUCUUGACAGAAUCUGAAAGAGAUGGAUGUGGAUUCUUGAUCAAUCAGGAGUGAUGCUUUUUCUCGAUUCUAAUCCAGUGGGCAACAUGUAGGUGGCCAAAUGUAAUGGUAUCCAGAGCCUAGAAAGAUUCUCUCAAAUCACCUUAGAACAGUGGCAGGCAAGGAAUAAUUAAAGUGCUCUAAAGAGGGAAAGAAGGUCUGAAUACCUAAUUCCUGAAGCUUUGGUCUCCGGCCCACAACAUAACUUUUAGAUUUUGGCGUUGCACGUACGAUUCAAACUAAAACAUUAAAACUGAUAAAUAUUAAUUUGCUGUUUCCCAAAUAACAGGAAAUUAAUAUUUAAUAUUUUAAGCUUA